CGGCGCCUCCCAACACCAACUCACCCGAAACUUGUGCGCGGUGGUGGGCGCAGCCGCGAAGGAUGGGGUGGUGCAGCCGCUGCUCGGGGCCGCUGUUGCUUUUGCUGCUGCUGCUGCUGGCGGUGCCCGGGGCUGACGCGGCCCCACGCUCAGCGCUCUACUCGCCCUCCGACCCGCUGACACUGCUGCAGGCGGACACAGUGCGCCGCACCGUGCUGGACUCCCGCAGCGCUUGGGCCGUGGAGUUUUUCGCCUCUUGGUGCGGCCACUGCAUUGCCUUUGCCCCAACGUGGAAGGCGCUGGCCAACGAUGUCAAAGACUGGAGGCCGGCGCUGCACCUGGCCGCCCUGGACUGUGCCGACGAGACCAACAGCGCGGUCUGCCGAGACUUCAACAUCCCGGGCUUCCCGACCGUGAGGUUCUUCAAGGCCUUUUCCAAGAGUGGCACAGGAACGGCGUUGGCGGUGGCUGGUGCUGAUGUGCAGACACUACGGGAGAGGCUCAUUGAUGCGCUGGAGACCCACAGUGUCACGUGGCCCCCCGCCUGCCCCCCACUGGAGCCUGCCAGGCUGGAGGAGAUUAAUGGAUUCUUUGCAAGAAACAAUGAAGAGUACCUGGCCCUGAUCUUUGAAAGGGAAGGCUCCUACGUGGGCAGAGAGGUGAUCCUGGACCUGUCCCAGCGCAAAGGCAUCGCGGUGCGCAGGGUCCUGAGCACGGAGGGCGACGUGGUGAGCAAGUUUGGUGUCACUGACUUCCCAUCUUGCUACCUGCUGUUUCGGAAUGGUUCCGUCUCCCGGGUUCCCGUGCUCAUGGAGUCCAGGUCCUUCUACACCGCUUACCUGCAGAGGUUUUCCGGGGCCAUCCGGGAGGAGGCCCAGACCUCGGCUGCACCAACCGCUGCUAAUACAGUAGCUCCCACCGUGUGGAAAGUUGCAGACCGCUCCAGGAUCUACAUGGCUGACCUGGAAUCUGCGCUGCACUACAUCCUGCGGGUAGAAGUGGGCAAGUUCUCGGUCCUGGAGGGGCAGCGCCUGGUGGCCCUGAAGAGGUUUAUGGCAGUCCUGGCACAGCACUUCCCUGGCCAGCCCUUGGUCCAGAACUUCCUGCACUCCAUGAGCGACUGGCUGAGGAGGCAGCAGAGGAAGAAGGUCCCCUACGCCUUCUUUCAGGCGGCCCUGGAGAACAGGAAGGAGGGCGCUGUGAUUGCCAAGAAGGUGAACUGGGUCGGCUGCCAGGGGAGCGAGCCCCACUUCCGGGGCUUCCCCUGCUCCCUGUGGGUGCUCUUCCACUUCCUGACGGUGCAGGCGACGCGGAGAGAUGUUGACCCCUCUCGAGAAGCAGCCAAGGCCCAGGAGGUCCUGCAGGCCAUCCGCGGCUACGUGCGCUACUUCUUCGGCUGCCGAGACUGCGCCGACCACUUCGAGCAGAUGGCUGCCUCCUCCAUGCAGCGGGUGGGCAGCCGGGACGACGCCGUCCUCUGGCUCUGGUCCAGCCACAACAGGGUCAAUGCCCGCCUUGCAGGGGCCCCCAGCGAGGACCCCCAUUUCCCCAAGGUGCAGUGGCCACCCCGUGAACUCUGCUCUGCCUGCCACAACGAAAUCCGGGGGACGCCUGUGUGGGACCUGGGCAACACCCUCAGCUUCUUGAAGACCCACUUCUCCCGGAAAAACAUCAUCACGGACGCCCCCGCUGGGCCAGGCCCCCAGGGCAGCGCACAGUGGAUGGUGGCCUUCCGAAAGCCGGAGCUGCUGACCGGAAACUCCACUCUGGGCCCCGAGGAGGCUGAGAUCGGGGUAGGCCCAGGGACAGAGCACCCCGGGACUGUUGUCCAGGAUGUUUUAGCGGAGAGACUUGGGGCAAGUGUCCACCCCCAGGAGAUGCAGACGAGCCUCGCUGUGACUGGAGCUGAGCUAGACGUAGCAGAGCUUCAGAGGGAUGAGGUGGAGCGGCCAAAAGGGCAGCGGCCCUUGACCAAGCGAGACACAGGAGCCGGAUUGCUGGCCGAGUUUCUGGCUCAGGAGAAAGUCCCAAGAGGCCCCUCUGCGCUGGGACGAGUGGGCCGCAGCUCCAAGCAGCUGGCCAGUGUCCCCGAGGGGGAGCCGGAGGCCGGGGCCCUGCCAGGCCAAGGCCCAUGGCUGCAGGUGCUGGAAGGGAACUUCUCCCACCUGGACGUCAGCCUCUGUGUGGUGUUCUACUCCCUGUCCUUCAUGGGCCUGCUGGCCGUGUACACCUACUUCCGGACCCGGGUGAGGGCCCUGAAGGGCCACGCCAGCCACCCUGCAGCCUGAGCCCCCUGCCUCGGGAGGGCGGCGGGAGAGGGAGCUGCUACCCACAGGGCUCUCCCAGCCCCCUGCCCUCGUCUGCCCCCCUUGCUCCUUGGCCAGGGAACCCCAGUGAGCCCUUGGUCCUCAUGGGAAGGAGUGUUCGGAGACAUGAAGACACGCAGGGGGUCCAGGUCCCCCUGACAGCUCGGGCCCGGGGAAGGAGCGUGGGGAGGGCGGGCCUCCUUGGGCGGCGAGGGCGGGGCCCUGUCCCUGGCCUCUCAGCACCAAAUUCCUCUUUUGCAGCUUAUUUGAAGUCCUGCCUCAUUCUUGCUGAAGCUUCAGUGUCUCCUGCUUGGUCUUGGUCUUCCCUUGGUUUCCAAGGCUUCCCACCACAGGCGGGUCCCUGGGCUGAGUGGGCUGGAGCGGAACCACUGCCUUCCGGGGCCCCGUCCAUCCUGCUCCCUUCCCGCGGGAGGAGGAAGGGGUUGCUGGUCCUCCCGGCCCUCAGACCUCCUGGGCUGGGGGUGGGGGGAUUUGGGGUGGGGGCUGGAAGCUCGAGGAAGUCCUGCUGGCCUCUCAGGGGCCAUCCGUGGCUGUAGCACCUCGGCCUGGUCCUUCCCAGAUGUCUGCUGCAGGAAGCUCACGGGCUGGGCUUGGCGUGGGCCUGCCCAGCUGGGGGCCGAUGGUCACUGGGCUGGGGCCGGGGUCGUGAGUGGCAGGCUCAGCAGGACCCGGCGGAGGGGCAGCAUGGGGUUCAGCUUCGGGGGAUUGGACCACUAGUGCCUUACUCUGGGCUCGGCCAUGACAGGUAGGGCGAAGCUCAGGAAGAGGGUGGUUGCCUCCAGUCCACUUUGGCUCCUCCCCCUGCACCCACCCCUCUGGGAGCAGGGUCGUUGUUGAUUUUCACUUCUAAAAUAGAUGCUAAUCCUUGAACGUGGAGGGCCCUGGAGUGAGGGGAGUGCCAUCUCUCUUGAGGGUCCACCUCCUGUCAUGUGGAGGUGAAAGGGUCAGAGGGGCAGGGAGUGCUGUACAUCGGCUUGGUUUUCACUCUGCCCACUGCUUAGGAGGGCUGUGGAAUAAAUUAUUUUUGUUAAGGCAA